AUGGCGCAGCCCUCCUUCUCCAUCAGGGAGUACGCGGCGAGCAUGAGGGGCACGGCGGCGUCCCCGCACCCGCACCCGCUCGUCGGCGCCGGCGACGUCUUCCCGCCGAUGCCAGCCCGGAGGUUCCGGUGGUGGGUCGACGAGCUACACGCCGCGGUGAGGAGUUCGGCCCCGGCGCCGCCGGCCACGAAGAAGCGGUCCGUCUCCGACCUCUUCGCCUCCGCCUCCGCCGGCGGUGGCGGCGGCAACGAUGACGUUGAAACCGAGGAAGCGUCGGCCAUGGACAACCAGCCGAAGAAACCAAGGUCUCACGAAGACGAUGGCCUUCGGAAGAUCAAGAAGGGGAUCUCGUUGAGCUCCUCUACCCCGGAGGCUCCAAAGGUUUCAGUAAACAAGUUACAUCCUCCUUGUUCUGCCCAGACAUGUCAAGCACAUCAAAGAGAAAAACAUAUCAACAUUGAGAAUACGAGGAUGUGUGAUUUUGAAAUAUGGAAACCAGAAGAUUUCAAGAAGAAAACCCUACGGGGCAUUGGUCGCACAGAGACGGUUAAUGCACACAAGUUGGCAAACUCUACUAUGGUACACUCCAAGCAGAGCAUUCUGAAAAAGCAUAAAAGCCGAUCCUCUGUCACUCUCAGAAUCAACAAGGAGAAAUGCAGCAGUUUGAAAGGGACAGAAGCCAUAGAGCUAAGCUGCAAGUUGGGGAAGCAUGUUACAUUCUCAGACAUGCAUAUUAGAAAGAAGACAAGUUCCAUGUUACCCCAACUGCAAAACCACUGCAAUGUGUACUCAGAUCACUCUAGUGAGGCUGAGAGAUUAGGAGCUGCAAAUACUAGUUCUCAUAAGAACAAGGAAUCCUCCUUUAAGACUAAUCAAUCAGAUUGGGAUAUAUAUGACAGAAGGACUUCUGAAUCUAGAAGUGCAAAGGACUCACUUAACUUGAUUGAUCUGAAUCGCGCACUCCUGUGUAUUCCAGAUUUCAAUUGCACAUUCAUUUCUGAUUCAGAGGUGACAGAUCUUGACCAUCCAGAGGGUGCAACUUCUGAUCUCCAAACACCAAGUGAUGUAAGAGAAGCUGCUCCUAAACACAAUCAAGACCUCCAUUCCAAAUCACAGGGAUUGCAGCGUGAACUUAAUAGCUGUGAUCGGUGGAGAAUCAUUAACACAAGAUCAAUAGCCUCACUGUUGCCUGAUGAGAUAAGUAACAUUUCUGACAGAGGAAUGAUUGGUCUUCCAUUGAACUCAAGAGGAGAUGGCACUAUGAAUGGAAAGGCUCCUCACAUAUUGCCUCACCACACAAUUCAGUGCACAGGUCAGUUUUCGCAGAAUCGGUACACCAAUAUGAAUUUGGGAAACAUUCACCAUACUGGGAGGGAAUUUUCUUCUUGUCCAUGGCAAAACCAGUUACAUGCUAAGAAACCCAGAUUACAUUCUGGCAUUAGUGUGCAACAUGAGCAUGCCGUUAUCUCACAACAUACCAUGCGUUUGAUGGGAAAAGAUCUUACAGUCUCCACAGCCGGAGGCAAAUGCAUCGGUGAUACGGCAAAGGAGCAUGCAAGCUCCUCCAUCAGAUGCCAUCAUACUACAAAUAUUUUCUUAGAGUUGCCACGACACGGUCACCCUUUUCUGUCGCUGCAAUCCCGAAGUUUUUCCAAUAUUCAGGUAGAUGCUCCAAGCACAACCCAUGAUUAUGUUGGAUGCAGAGUGCAUCAUUUAAAACAUCAUCGUUUUCCUGGAGUUGAUGUUUUCUCCGGGAAUGGAAUCGAAUGCGAAGAUAAGUUGAGGAACUUCUCAUAUUUCCAUUGUGGACAAAAUUCACCUGCAGGAUUUUCACCUCUACGAGGAAAUCGCAACACAAGAUCUGAUCAAAAUUCACAGUCUGCUACAGCAUUCUUGCCUACCUUCAUGCCACAUGUGAAGCAUCCAUCAUUUUACCAUGCCAACUCAGCUUGGACACACAAUCCGUGUCCUGGAAACAUACCAUUUCAUCCUUCUUCUGAUGGUACAAUUGUUGGAAAGGAACAAAAUCAGAUAACCGGAGGAGUUGCAGAGAUCCCGAGAGCUGUAGACAUUGUGUCAAGAGAUACUUUUUUGAAGACAGCAAAAGCACAUUUUGAUAGUCCUAACAUUUCUUCUGGUGUCAGGUGUGUUCCAAGGUCUGGUCCGGUGAAGCUCCACCCAGGGGCUAAGCAUGUUUUGGAGCCAAGACAGAACACAGAUGAUGGCAAUUAUCCACCUAAGUAUUCAUGCAUACCAUUUGUUGUGAUAAGCAGGGGUGGAAAUAUUUUGUCUGGUCAGACUAAAGAUGGCAGGAAGGUUUAAGUUGUAACCCAUCAGAUGAAUCACUCGGGUUACCUUUUGUCCCAAUCAAUUGUCAAGGCUCAACUUUUGUCAAGUUUGCAGAACAGGGUACAAACAAAUAGUUCUGGUUUUGUUUGACACAGCUUGCUGUACCAGAGCGCUGUCAAGAAAUGACUAAAUUGAUCUGGGAGAAUCUUAAUUUUGUGUUGACGCAGCAAGCAUUACAUUACAUUAGAUCCCUCAUGUUUCUUAAGAGAAUCCUGUUGGCAAGUUACUAUUUCCAUCUUGCCUGAUGCCCUGACGCCAUUACACCUGCGGUAUAUCCUUCUCUGAACACUAUGUUAUGCGGUAAAAGAAAACUGGAGGAAAUUUGUGUUGAAAUAUUCAGGUUCAGAGAUUUAGGCCUUGUUUAGUUCCUAAAAUUUUUCUCCAAAAACAUC